UGCUGGGGUUGCCAUUUGUGCAAGCUUUGGCCAGCUGCAUCAGUACCAAAUCACCGGAUAAAAAUAAGCGGCCGCCGCGGAGAGGAGCUGGCACUGAUGGCUGAUAGCUAAUGUCUCCUGUACUCGUCUGGCGUCACUUGGGCAGCAUGUGCAACCAACCUGCCACCUUUGCCAAGAUUGUACACGCUGGGAACAAGGGCAAUCACUCUUCUGACGCCACCACCGUCUACUGCUCAUGAGAUAAUUGAUUGUACUGUACUACUGCAGUGGCCGUUUUCACUUGCUGAACCAAGGCAGUAGAAGGUUCUGUAAAAAGAAAAAACAGCAGCAGCAUCGGAUCCUGGUUGGUUAGAAUAAAACCAAGGUGGCCAUGUGGUGCAUCAUAUCAUUGCAGAAGAUGCAUCCAAAAUAUUAACGUCCAGAUGCUGCUGCAGUACGGCCUUUGAAUUCUGAGGGCGGUCAACGGUGGAUGUUGAUUUCCUGUUGGGUAAUGCUAUGCUGCUGCUGCUGCUGUUGCGGGUCCAGUGGAUUUAUUACUGCUGAACGCAAAAAUCCAGCGGAUUUACUGCUGAGAAGAAUGAGCACAAAACACACCAGCUACCUCCCAUCUGGAAAUCGGUAGAAUAUGGAUGGAUUCGUUGGACGACCUUAUCAUGAUGUCUCCGACCGAGUUGAUGACAAAAUACUGGACCAGCACGAGGCCCGGCAGGCAUCCAAGUGUGCAUGCAUGCACGCAAGCAAAUAUGCAAGCGUUCGAAGCGAUCGGUGGGGUGGCGCAUUCGAUCUUGUCCUGAACGAUACUGUACCUCCGUGUAGGCAAGCGGUGGCGUGGUUUCUGUUAGAGUGUAUGUAUUCUCCAGUGUAUGUACAGCGUAUGUAGCACGACUCAUGGUCAGUGCACGCGCGUGAGUUAGUGGGCAUGUAGCCAGCCCACGUCUAGUGGCACACGAUCAUCUCUGUAACUGUAUAUAACUUGAGCCGCAGAGCUAAUGCAAGCGUGUGUUGAAUCCCAUAGCAACCCUCUCCUCUUCAUGGUAUCAGAGACCACCGCCCGGAUCAAUCCCUUUGCUCCGGCCGUCGAUCCCGCUUCCGCCGCUAUGGGCGACCCCGACUCCCCCGAGACUACGGCCUCUGACGACUCUGGCGCUCCCACCGUCGUUGCGCCGUCUCCGUCCCCUCCUGCUCUGCUUCCAGCCGCCCUCUCCGCCGACGCUGCUGCCGCGGCUGGCUCUGUUGCUGCCCCGCCUGCUGCCCCGCCGCCCGUGGUCACCGUCGCUUCGUCUGUUCUCCAGACCAUCGACAUUCGCCGCCACGUCCCUGUCACUCUUGACUUGCUCGCCGGCAACUACGCGCAGUGGCGGCGCCACUUCGACACCGCGAUCGGGAUGUUCGGUCUCCGCGAUCAUGUGGACGCCGUCGCCGUCCCGCGCUUCGAUGACCCUGACUGGGCGAUGGCGGACCACGCCGUUGUCCACUGGCUCAACACCACCGUUGCGCCUGAUCUGCUGGACGCUGUGAUGGCGCAGGAGGACACCGCCCUCACCGUCUGGACGGCCAUCGACGACAUCUUCCGGGACAAUCAACUUGCCCGGGCCGUCUACAUUGACGCCGAGUAUCACGCCGUGGUGCAAGGCGAUCUGACGAUCAUGCAGUACUGCACCAAGUUGAAGGUGUACGCUGAUCAGCUCCGGGACCUCGGCCAGCCGAUGACGGAGCCGCGGCAGGUCUUCCAUCUACUGCGCGGCCUCACCGCCAGUUCCACGGCGCCAUCCCGCACAUCACGGCGCAGUCGCCGCUGCCGUCGCUUCUCCAGACGCGCUCCUUCCUCCUUCUCGAAGAGCACCGGAACGAGCAGACCGCGCGCCUCCAGGGCGCGCACGCGCUCUUCGCCGGGCGUGGCGCCAGGCCGCCCCCUUCCUCCCCACCUGCUGCCCCCCUGCCGUGCCUGAUGCCACAGGCGGAGGGCGUGCACUCGGUGGGCGUGGGCGUCGUCGCGGCCGCGGCAACGACAGUGCCCCUCCGCCGUCCGCUCCUUCCCGCGUCCCUGGUCUGCCUGCUCCCGCGCCCGGCACCAACUCGUGGACCGGCCUCGUCCAGGCGUGGCCGAUGCCAUGGCGAGCUCCGGGCUCUGGUGUUCUUGGGCCUUGCCCUGGGACUCCGCCACAACAGGCGAUGUACGCUGCUCCGACCCCAACUGCUCCUGGUGCGUACGGCUACGGGCCGCCGUCCGCCUACGCCACCCCUCCCGGCGCGCCACAGCAGCCUCUAGACAUGACUUCCCUUCAGGCUGCACUCCACAGCGCCACCGCAGGGCUGUCAUCCUCUGGGAGCGCUCCUGAGUGGUACAUGGACUCCGGCGCGGCAUCGCACAUGACGAACACCCCCGGACCUUCGAACUCGGGCGGUGAUCCUGCGUUGUGAUUCCACCGGCGACCUCUACUCCGUGACGACGCCACGACCCACCGCUCUUCCCUUCGCCGGCGUCGUCACCACUACUCGCCUGCACCAGCGGCUUGGUCACCUCGGUUCUGCGCAGCUCCGGCUUGUCGACAGUAGUUUUUCUUUCAGCAAAAGUGCUCCACAUCCUUGCCACGCCUGUCGCCUUGGCAAGCAUGUGCGCCUCCCAUUUUCAGCUUCAGACACUUGUACUUAUUUUCCCUUUGAACUACUGCAUCUUGAUGUAUGGACGUCACCGGUUUCUAGCAUCUCUGGUUACCAGUUCUAUCUAGUGAUCCUCGAUGGCUACACACACUACGUCUAGACGUUUCCACUUAAACACAAAUUUGAUGUCC